CAGCGUGUGACGAGGCAACGCGUGAGGAGGCACUUUAGAAACCCUUUUACGAUCCCACACCCGGCCAGAAAGGCCUUUGCCGUCAUAAUGAAGCUCGUCAGAUUUUUGAUGAAAUGCUCCAACGAAACGGUGACCGUUGAGUUGAAAAAUGGCACCAUCGUCCACGGCACCAUCUCCUCAGUCUCUCCCCAGAUGAACGUCGCCCUUCGCACGGUCAAGAUGACCGCUCGCGGACAGGAUUCUCUCGCUCUCGACACGAUGAACAUCCGAGGCUCAACAAUCCGAUACUUUAUCCUCCCCGACUCUCUCCCUCUCGACACCCUGUUAAUCGAUGACGCACCCAAGCCCAAGAACAAGGCACGAAAGGAGACGGACCGAGGAGGUCGUGGAGGCCGCGGAGGCCGUGGCAGAGGAGGUCGCGGACGCGGCCGCGGCCGUGGACGUGGUUAAAGGAUUCCCAAUGGCGAUGAUAAUAAUACGACAAUAACGGAUAGAGACACCGAGGCACUGCUAUCAUCUUUUUUAUUUCUCUUGCUUUACAGCUGGCCGGGCCGGGAGCUCCAUAUCGGUUGGGACAAAGGAUCUUUUGUAAACGAUACAGAACAAAAAACGAGGGAGAAAGACAUUUUUUGAGUUCAAGGACUGUGGAGGCGAUGUCGCAAAUUGCGAUGGAAACGGCGAUUUUUUUUUUUGGAUGCACUUUACGCAUAUAAAAUUGAAGAAAGGAAACUUGCCAUAUAUAAGCGCUUGGUGGAGGAGAUGGAAGCGAUGGUGGUCGUUAUGAUAUGUAUGCAAAGAAGAAAUCUAAUCAAAAAAUUGACAAGAUAUCCAAGUAGA